AUCACUGAUUAUAUUGUUUAUUCUAAGUAAUUAUCCGGUACAUCCGCAGCAUUUUUCUCUCCUCCUAUAACUCAAAACACACAAAAAUAACACCAACAAAAAAAGAGUUUAGAAAAUCAAAUGUGAUAAAGACAAAUACAAAGAAGGAAGAAACAUAAGCAUGGAGAUUUCUCCUCAUUGUUUGGUUUCUCUUCUUCUAAGCCUCCUUUUGUCUGGCCUCGCCUCGUCUCUCCACAUCUCUCUUGAUGAAUUUGAGUCACAUCCAGCCGCAAGCCGAGCUCUUCUUCAGGCAAAGACACCAUGCAAAGAAGAUUUUGCGAGCAAGAAUUACACAAUUAUAACGAGCAAAUGCAAAGGACCAAAUUAUCCAGCCAAGGCAUGUUGUUCGGCCUUCAAGGACUUUGCUUGCCCAUUCGCGGAAGCUCUUAAUGAAGAAAAGACAGACUGUGCCUCCACAAUGUUCAGCUACAUUAAUAUAUAUGGUCGUUAUCCUCCCGGAAUAUUCGCAAACAUGUGCAAAGAAGGCAAAGAAGGGCUCGAUUGCACCGACGUGCAGGCUACCUCGUCUGCUCAUGCACCACUCCCUUUAGUCUCCACACAUGCAUUGCUUAUCACCGUUCUCUUUUUUUACUUCUUCUAAAGACAUUUGUUACGAUAUGACAUGAGAUAUAUUAUUUAUGAUGAUUCCGUCGUUAAUUA